AUGGGGAUCAAUGCUGAUUUCGAGGAGAAGGCCGUUGCGGGAUCCCUCGCCGCAGACAACCAUGACGAUAGCAAUGAACUCCCUACUCCGUCAGAGGCGAAAGCCCCAGAACCGACAUUCGAUACCGGCUUCUCGUCAUGGAUCCAGGUGCUAGGCUCUUUCUUUCUGUUCUUCAACUCAUGGGGUGUCAUCAACACCUGGGGUGCUUAUCAAACAUAUUAUGAACAGAGCUUGUUGACUCACAUGUCUUCUUCCUCCAUUGCCUGGAUUGGCUCACUCCAGGCCUUCCUACUUAUGCUCUUCGGGGUGGUGACGGGCCCUCUCUUUGAUGCGGGUUACUUCCGUGAACUGCUCACGUUCGGGACCAUCGUGCUUCCCUUCGCUUUAAUGAUGGUCAGCCUUUCUACAAAGUUCUGGCAAUUGAUCCUGGCGCAAGGCAUUUUAAUUGGUCUUGCUGCCGGAUGCCUUUUCGUCCCAUCCGUUGCUAUCCUACCUCAGUAUUUCAAGAAGAAGCGAGGUCUGGCCAACGGCAUUGCCGCUUCGGGGAGCAGUAUCGGAGGUGUGGUCUAUCCGAUCAUGUUUGAUCAGCUACAGCAGCGAGUGGGUUUCCCAUGGGCCACUCGAGCUAUCGGCUUUCUGUGUUUCGGAACCUGUUGCAUCUCCUACAGCAUCAUGCGUAUGCGAUUCCGGCCAACGGAGAAGCGCAAGCUGCUCCAAUUGUCUGCCUUCAAGGAGCCGCAUUUUGUGAUGUUCUCCAUUGGGAUGUUCCUGGGUUUCCUGGGCUUCUACAACUUCCUCUUCUACAUCCAAUCCUACGCUAUUGACACGGGGAUCGUCGGCUCUACCUUGGGAUUCUACCUGCUUUCGAUGCUGAACGCGGGGUCCACCGUCGGGCGUAUCUGUCCCAACUUCAUCGCCGAUCACACGGGUCCGUUGAACGUCCUCACUCCUGCGGCUACUGCGACUGCCAUUCUCGCCUUUGCUUGGAUCGGGGUUCAUAACGCGCCAGGUAUCAUAGUCCUUUCUGUGCUGUACGGUCUCUGUUCCGGUGGUUUCGUGUCACUUCCGCCUGUGGUGAUGGUCAGUUUGACCAAGGACAUUCGUGACCUGGGCACCCGUCUAGGCAUGGUCUUCGCGAUCACCUCUGUGGGACUGUUGAUUGGAACCCCCAUUGGUGGCGCAAUCCUGGCCGACACGGGGAGCUACCUCGGAGUGCAGCUCUUCACAGCUUGUUGUCUCAUCACGUCCGGAUCCAUCUUCGCUGCCUUGAGAUUAUCUCGGUCCGGAAUGAGGCUCAUCGCGCGUGUGUAA